AAAUUGCUUCCCUUGAAGAGAAAGAAGUUAGAAACAAGGAAACGCUGCAAGCAAUUUUGGAGGAGAUCUCCAGUUGUGAAGUUCGUGGAGCAGUUGUUAAAGAAGAACUUGAUAAUUUGGAGAAGACAGAGUGGAUAAGUGUCAUUGAAAAGGAACAAGAACUAGAUGCAAGUGUGAACAAACAAAUAACAAGCUUGAAAGCUAAACUGAAACAGUUGGAGUCUGAGAUAAAACAACAAAACGUUGAAGAAGAUAAGAACUGUCAGGAAAUUAAAUCAGAAGAGGAAAGAGAAGCGCAGGAAAGGAAACAAAAUGAAGAGGUAGAAGAACAGGUCACUUCAGAGAAAGAUCAACUUGAUGAACAGUUAAAUAAUGUCAAUGAAAUAAUCAGUGAGAAAAAUCAGCUCUUGGAACAUUUAGAAAAAGAGAUUCUUGAAGUAGACAAAGUGUUGAAUCAGAAGGAAAAUGAAGUGAAGCACAUUGAAGAAGAGUUAAAAACUGAAGCCGACAAUACUAACCUCCCAGGCUGA